CCCCUUACCUUCGGCCUCGCUCAUAUAUAGCAGGGAACUAGAAUUGCCCCGACACCAGUCUUCUUGUAGAGGAUACACGAAUCGGCGGUGCGUGUCCACUUGAUCACGUUCAAAUUUAUAUAGUUGAAAUAAUUUUCAUAUUCUGAAGUACUUAGUUUUUUUUUGUUUUUUUUUUUUUUUUGAAUUCAUAGCCAUGGGCGUACGAAAGUGUUUGUUCAUUCUCGGGUUGGCGUGCUUAACAAUCGCUCAAGAAGAUAGUGGACUUUUGGAUAAGGGCUACCGAGCGGCAUAUCGAGUCUAUGAAGACUGUCAACAACGUAACGUCGCUGUAUCGGCAUGUUUAAAAAAGAAAGCCAUUACGUUCUUCGAUAGGCUGGGAAGAAUCGAUAACUUACCUAUAGCUGAAAACCUUGAGCUAGUAAAAGUCCCGGGUAUUGAAUUAGUCGAGGCUACUCUAGGAAGAACAAGUGGAGCAUCUAGAGAUGAGGUUCUUAAUGACAUCCUACUAGAGCGUAUUUCAUCAUUGAUGAACAGCUUCAACGUGCAGAUCCGCUUACCGAAAACUUCAGCUACCGAUCUUAAACGAUCUAUGGAAGAAGGUCGUGGCAAAAUGAAGAAGAUGAUGGGAAUGAUGAUGAUGGGUAUGGCUAUGAAAAUGGCGGCCUUAAUACCAAUUGCCAUGGGUGUGCUCUUUUUAUUGGCGGGCAAAGCUCUUAUUAUCAGCAAAAUUGCUCUUGUUCUGUCGAUGAUUAUCGGCUUGAAGAAACUUCUAUCGCAAAAGCAAGGUAGUAAUGAUCAUGGACACGGAUGGCAGUCUGGCGGAGGUGGUAGUGGUGGUGGCGGUUGGGAUAGAAGUCUCAAGAUUUUGGAUAUGGAAGUCGCAGAUCAAGACAGGGAAUAUGCGCAAAGUCUUGCUUAUGGAACCGCGAAGCGACAAUAAAAGUAAAUAAAACGUGAAUCAUUAACGAGAACGACGAUUUUAUUAGCCUUAAGGGACGUUUUUGCGGUUAUCGAAUCAACAGUGACGUAACAUACGAGACUGAGAACUGACAAACGCGAGUUUCUUCUUAAUGUGAGAUUUCUUGAAUGGGUAAUUUUCAAAAUUGAUCAAAAAUAAAUCUCGUCAUAUUCUUUAUACUAUUCCAUAUAAAUGUGCCAAUAUUACAUUUUAAAAAAUGCAAGUUUUACAUAACACAUUAAAGCUUUAAUAACGAUGAAUGGCUUCAGCAGAAUUGACAGUAAACAUUGUUUUAUAUUUUUCUAAAAAAUUAAUGCAAAAUUACAUUGCAU